CUCUCUCUCUAUAUAUAUAUAUAUAUAUAUGCAUAAUAUAGAUAUACAUCAAAGUAAUUUUGCUUAUGAUCACUUGCUCGAUGGGGAAUUGGUUUCAUUGGUUAUGCUCUUUUGCUUUUGCAGUUUUCCUGAUAAUCUGCCUGCAUAGAUGCAAUGCUAAAGAGAAGAAAUUGAAUUAUUAUAAUUCAAGAGGAGCUCUGGAGGUUGGAAGCUGUGACUUCUUUAAAGGGAGUUGGCUUUAUGAUGAGUCUUAUCCACUCUAUGACACAUCAAGCUGCCCCUUUAUAGAGAAAGACUUCGACUGCCAAAAAAAUGGACGCCCGGAUAAUCUGUAUCUCAAAUAUAGAUGGAAGCCUACUGCUUGUGAAUUGCCAAGAUUCGAUGGUGUGAAAUUCUUGAAGAGAUUCAAAGGGAAGAAAAUACUAUUUGUUGGGGACUCUUUAAGCCUGAAUCAAUGGCAGUCACUGCUAUGUUUGCUGCAUGCUUCGGUGCCCCAGUCAAAUUAUCAAAUCACAAGGAAAGGAGACCUCUCAAAGUUUUCUUUGCCUGAGUAUGGAGUAUCCGUGUCGCUCUCCCGCAAUUCAUUUUUGGUGGAUCUAGUGAAAGAAGACAUUGGGACAGUUCUAAAACUUGAUUCCAUUCAAAACGGCAAUGCAUGGAUAGGAUACGACAUGCUCAUCUUCAAUACUUGGCACUGGUGGCUCCAUAAAGGAAGCAAGCAACCAUGGAACUACAUUCAAGAAGGAAACACCAUACUCAUAGAUAUGGAUCGUUUGGUUGCUUUCAGUGAAGGACUAACAACUUGGUACAAGUGGGUAGACUCAAAUGUUAAUCCUACUAACACCACAGUUUUCUUUCAAGGCAUUUCUCCAACCCAUUACGACGGAGAAGAAUGGAAGGAUCCGAGUAAGUCAGCAACAUGCAAAGGACAAACACAACCAGUAAAUGGGACAACAUAUCCAGGGGGUUCACCACCAGCAGCAAAAGUAGUAGAGCAAGUGUUGAGCAAAAUGAGAAGCCCAGUGAGUCUUCUAGACAUAACCACACUGUCUCAGUUGAGGAAAGAUGGGCAUCCAUCUAUAUACGGCAAUGAAGACGGUAAAGGAAAUGAUUGUAGCCAUUGGUGUCUUGCUGGUGUUCCUGAUACAUGGAAUCAACUUUUGUACGCCAUUCUUUUCUCACAAACUCCACCUAUACGCCCAAAAAUUGAUUAAUCAAACUUCAUCAGAUUUAAUAUGUAGCUUGUGAUUUUUGUUAUAAUUGGCAAACUAGUUUGUAGUACGGUAGUACCUAGUUCUGCAAGUGACAGAUUAUAAAAUUAAGUGCUUUUGUUACUCAUCUAUA